AUGUCCACCGGCUAUCGAAGUAUACCCAGCGUUGAGAAACUCCUCUCGGACAGCCGCGUCGAGGAGCUAAUCGACGUCUACUCCAGGGAGUCGCUGGUCUACCUGGUGCGCCGGUCCCUGGAGCAGGUGCGUCAAGAGAUCGCCGAGGGCAAGCCUUCCCCCUCUUUCGAUGAGAUGGUGGACAGCAUCGCCUCCCAGGCCGCAUCCCUUUGGCGCCCAAAGCCCAUACCCCUCAUCAACGCCACCGGGGUUGUCCUUCACACCAACCUGGGACGCUCCCCUCUAAGCGACGAGGCCGUGGAGGCUAUGCUCCAGGCCGCGAGAGGGUACACAAACCUGGAAUUGGACCUGGCCGACGGAGCAAGGGGCUCCCGCCAGAGUCACGUCGAGUCCCUGCUGUGCCAGAUAACGGGCGCAGAGGCGGCCCUGGUGGUCAACAACAACGCCUCGGCGGUGCUGCUGGGCCUCUCGGCAAUUGCCAACGGCAAAGAGGUCAUCGUAUCCAGGGGUGAGGCCGUGGAGAUAGGCGGCGGCUUCCGUAUACCCGACGUGCUGAGGCAGAGCGGAGCGGCGCUGGUGGAGGUGGGCACGACCAACCGCACAUACCUCGCCGACUACGAAAGCGCCUUAACCCAGGAUACCGCCGCAAUGCUCAAGGUGCACACCAGCAACUUCCGAGUCAUCGGCUUUACCCAUGAAGCCACCGUGGAAGAGCUGGCGGCGCUAGGCGCCGGCCGAGGGACUCCCGUCCUCCACGACCAGGGCAGCGGCUGCCUUCUUGAUACCACCCGGUUCGGGCUGGCCCGCGAGCCUAUGGUGCAGGACAGCAUCGCGGCCGGGGCAGACCUGGUCUUCUUCUCGGGCGACAAGCUCCUGGGAGGCCCCCAGGCCGGCAUCGUGGCUGGAAAGAGGGAGCUUGGCGAGUCGCUGGAGAAGGUCCCCAUCUGGAGGAUGAUCUCCACCCCCGUCGACGCUCUUGAGAAACGGGCCCGAAGCUGGCAGAAGAGCGUCGGGGAUACGGCUCAGGUAGUCCAGGGCCUAUCCGCCAUUGGCGGGGGCAGCCUGCCCGGGGAGAGCAUCCCGACCUGGCUGCUCUCCAUCGGGGCCCAAGGUACACCUGAGGGUGCGCAGGGCCUGGCCAAGCGCCUCAGGGAGGCUGACACCCCUGUCAUAGCUCGCAUAGAGGACGACCGGGUGCUCCUCGACCCUCGGACUGUGCUUACAACGGAAGAGGCCGCGCUGCUGGCGGCGCUGAAAUCAGCCCUGGGCGCGUAG